AUGUCAGUCUGGGGUCGCCACAUGUUCCUGCGGCCCCUCCCCGGGCCCCCCAGUCAACGCCCGGCGGUCCGAGCCCAUCCAUGGCGUGCUGCCGGGGGUUCUCCGGUCCCGCGGUUAACGGAUACCUGCACCGUCCUGGAGGUGGUGGUGUGUUUCUUCUCCGUCUGGUCGAUUGUCGGCCUGUCGGGGUUCCACACGUACCUGAUCAGCUCCAACCAGACCACCAACGAGGACAUUAAAGGGUCCUGGUCCACCAAGCGAGGGAAGGAUAACUACAACCCCUACAGCUACGGAAACAUCCUGACCAACUGCUGUGCUGCUCUGUGUGGACCUCUGCCCCCCAGUGUGAUCAGGAUCAAUGCAUCCAGAGCACCAAGUUUGUCCUCCAGGUUGCCACCACCCCUCUUCUCCACAGUGACCCCGUGGUUCUGGCCCCUCUGCCGGGGAAGACCACCACACUGGGGGGCCCCUGCGCCUACCUGGCCCCCUCCCAGCCCUCCCUGCCGUCCUGCGGGGGAGACGUCCUGACCCUGAGGGACGCCGCCGCCGACUCCCACUGCCACCACCACCUCCACCAUCACCACCUUCACCACCACCACCACUUCGUCAGCCCGGAGGAGACGCCCUGCACUACGCCGCAAGGCGCCCUGCCCUGCCCCGCCCACCUGCACCUCCACCCGCACCUGUCCGUGCCCACCCCCACCGCCCUGUACGACCCCUCCAGUCAGGACGCUCUGCACGAGGACUCAGUCAGAGGGCUGGUUAAACUCAGCUCCGUCUGAACCAAACUGACCACAUUUCUUUCCUUUGACGACACUUCAGACUGCAGAUCCUCAUUCAGCGUUUAAUUAACCUCAACGUCAAAAAACAUCCAUUUCUUUUUAAGAUUGUCUCAAAAUUUGGUUAAAAUUUGCACUCGAACAUUCGGAUGGAAACUUGAUUGAUGAUGUGAGUCCAGCGUUUGAGGGUAAAUCAGGUCAAGAGAACGUAGCUUCAGACAAAAUGGCGGACCUCCACCGCCACGAGCGUGUGUGCGAGAGGCACCUCCGUUAUCUCAGUAAUCUCAGUAAUAAACUACUCUAGAAUUACAUUUGACAAGCGAACAUCAUCACUGUAAACGGGCGAUUUUUCUCUUCCCGACAAACAUUAAGUUGUUUUUUAAAACCCUCUGGAGUCCAGCUUCAAGUUGUGUCCUCACUCCACUUUAACAAAGUAAAAUGACACAGGCGCCUAUAAAAAUAUACUUUUUAUUGAUGAUAAGCACUUAAAAUAUUAUUAUAGACAUACAGCAGAAACAAUUAAAACUAGAAUAUAAUCUAUUUACAUGUAAAGUGGUUUAAACUGGUUUGCAUCUGCCUGUAAAUUAAUAAUUUAAAGUUUGAAUUUGAAUUUCUUCCCAAAUGUUCUGCAGAUAUAAAUAGUCGUCAGCUAGUUUGUCUCAGUUUUGUCUUUAUGUGAGCUAUAAAUAGUUGUUACCAUGAAUAAUAAAACAUGCUCAGUAGAUGAAACUCCAGAGGGUUUUAAACAAAAAUAGAACAAAUGUAGACGCCAGCGACCAGAAUAAACAAGACACAAACACUGUAAACGAGUGAGGAAGUAAAAUCAGGUGUUUGUUUCUCUUUCUGUUUGCUCUUCAGAAGGCGGGAAGAUCAAACACCUUUCGGAUUUCUUUUCGCUCGUUAUCUGCAGGACCAAAGUCAUAUUUUCUUUCAUGCUCCUCUGUGGUCUUUGGUGAAGUCUGCUUCCUGCUAUGAACAAUAAACAUUUUAUCCAGAAUAAGCUACUCCGGUGCCAAACGGAGGUCCGGCUCCAGCCACAGUCGGACCGGGACCAAAACGACUCUUUUUAUUAAACGGUUGAUUGAGACGACGUGUUUCUGACUGAAUGAAGAUAAACUGACUGUUAUUCUCAGAGGAGCUGACUGAAGCUUCAGGUUUUCAUUUGAGGACAAAACGAAGCAGGACUGAGUUUCCCAGAAACAUCUGCAGACCCGAGUUCAUCAGCAACACUGCCAGAUGUUCAGCAGGAGUUCACCUCUUUAAAGGCUCAGUCACACCCAAUUUAAAACGACAUUUCAAUUACUUUUAAUGCUAAUUUGACAUAGUGGCCAGAGCCCUGCAAACAAAUUCCCUGUCCCACUUUCUGGUGUGACUGAGCUUUAACUGGUGGAUUCACCUGAAGCUCCAACGCUGUUCAAACCCACAAAACUUUAUUUAAAAGUCUAACGGAGAUCUCAAAUGUGUUUUAUGCUUUAACAAUCAGAGAGGAAAAGCAAUGUUAAGCUAACAGCAUGUGGAAUGUCAGUUUUUAUUUAUCUGCUCUGACAGUUAAAUGUUGCAUCACUUGAUUUGAUUCCUUUUAUUUUGAAAGUCAGAUACAUAUUCUAGAUGCUUUAGUUUGUCAUUGGUUUCAUGAUUUAAUGCAAAUAUGUUUUAGAACAUCUAUAUAUGACCCCCAGGAGUCUCUGCUACCUUUAAUUAAAUAAAUAAAUAUACAGUAUUUUUCACUUGUUUCCUUAGCAUUGUGGAGAAACUGCAUUUAGAUCUUCAAGUUGGGACAUAAAAUUGACAAUUUACAGACAAUAACUGUAAACAGUUUACAGAUAGUAACAUUGAAAAGAAAAUAAUAAAAAAUAUAUAUAAACAUUUGGCCUUUAUUUGUUAUAUAUCCUCAGUAUUUCUGAGUUCUGGUUACAACCCAGCUUGUGCUCAUAUUUCAUUAUGUUUACAUAUUUAACACUCAAAGAUAAUCGAUUAAACAACAAAGUAAUUGAAAGAUUAAUCAGUAAUUCAAAUAUUUCUGGGGGUUCAAAUCAGAGUUAAAGACUGAAGAUAAAUACAGAAAGUCUUUAAAGUAUUUUUCCCACUGAAUAAUAACGACCUGGAAGGUAUUCAAGAGAUUAUUUUGUAUUUUCAUUGGUUUAAUAUUAAUAUCAAUAUCAGACAGUAACAUUAUCUAUGAGCCUUAUUGACUUUAAUUGGUGAAUUCCUCCAUUUACCAGGUUGUUUUAUUGUUAUGUACAGCUGGAAGGUAUUGACAAAAAUGUGACAUAAAUAUAAAUAAAUAAUGUACUUAGUAAGUAAUUGUAGGCCUUGUUGUCCCUACUGGUUUUCCAGGAAUUAAAUUUAUUGUGGAAACUCUGUGGCAGCUGUCAGCGAUGUCAGAUUCAAUUAAAAACAAUAAAUGCCUUAUUUUUUAUUUUAUUUAUUUACUAUGAGAUCUGUCCCCCCCAGCAGUGAUGCAUGAAGCUCAGAUAAACUGAAAACAAUCACUGAUGUUGGUUUUUUUGACUCGCUGCAGGGACAAAACGAUGGAUGUGAUCUUUUCUAUGACAGGUGAGGAAUGUUCACCUGAGCGCUGCCUUCUGGGAAAUGUAGGCGUCAAACUGCAGCUCGGCUUUAAGGUUCUGGUGCAGCUGAAGGCAGAAGAGGUGAACUGUGGAGUCCAGGUGUUGACGGGUUCAGGACUUUGUGAAUCUCUCGUCAUGUUGUCUUCACUCUGGUGAUGAUGUAACAGACGUUAUUAUCCAAUCAGCUUCAGAGACACCUGAUGAUCGGACGAUUGAUAACAUCCACUCUGCAUUCAGUUUAAUUGUAAUGAGAAAAAAAAAUAUGCACAGAUUGUAGUUGUGUGCCAAGAAUUUCUCCUCCACCUCCAGCUGUCACAUUAACAACUGUGGAUUUCAAUAAAAGACACUUUUU